AUGAGUAGCACAAGCACGAACAAUUCAACCAAUGAUUACUUUUUCAUCUGGUUGGAUAAAACCCUUGAAGAGAAUAUAGGUAAUCAAAAUACAAAAGCAUCGAUAGGGCAAUUAGUUAGAGGACGUUUACACACUUUUGUUGAUGCGGAUAAAUGUAUUGAUGAUAUCACAGAUGAACUGAUAACAAAACGAAUAUUUCUUAUUAUUUCUAAUACGUUCGGUGCAAAUGUUAUACCUGUUGUACAUGAUUUUCCAUGGAUACAGUCAAUAUAUAUAUAUUGUGGUAACCAAAAAACAGCUGAAGAAUGGGCUAAACCAUAUUCAAAAGUUUCUGGUAUAUUCACAAAAAAAUCAGCACUAUUAAAUAAAAUUAGCCAUGAUGUUGGUCUGCGUGACAAAGGUGAAGAUUCACCAAUGAGUAUAUUUCAUCUUACGGAACGAGAACAUUCACUACAAAAAUUAACUAACGAAAGUGCAGCAUUUAUGUGGUAUCGCUUAAUAUUGAUAGUUCUUCGAUUAAUUGCCAAAUAUGGUAAUUCAAAAUGUGAGAUGAUUGCUGAAUGUCGAGCAGCGUAUCAUGAUAACGAAUCUAUAAAAAUGAAAAUAGAUGAUUUUGAAAAAAAUUAUAAUAAAACGGAAGCUCUUUCAUGGUAUUCAAAAGAUAGUUUUGCAUUUAGAUUAUUGAACAAAGCUUUAAGAACACAAAAUACUGAAGUUAUAUUUAAAUUUCGAUUUUUCAUCCAUGAUCUUCACAAUCAAAUAGAACAACUUUAUUACCAACAUUUGAAUAACCAGUCUUCUAGUAUGAAUCACAAUUUCAGAGUUUAUCGUGGUCAACAUUUGAAUAUGACAGAAAUUGAUGUGCUUAAGCGUAAUAUAAAUCAACUUAUUUCAAUGAAUAGUUUCUUAAGUACUACAUCAAAUGAAGACUUGGCCAAAGUUUUUGCUGGUGCAGUUGACCAACCAGGGGAAACAUCACAAUUACAGCCUGUUCUUUUUAGAAUUGAUAUUUGUAAUAUGAGCAAAGAAAUGACACCAUUUGCAAUUCUAAAAUACUCUCCAUGUUGUCAAAAUAAUGCAGAAGACGAAGUGCUUUUCUCGAUAGGUGCUAUUUUUUAUAUAAAAUCAGUUGAACAACAAGGCAAUGUCUGGCAUGUUCACUUAGAACUAAGUAAAGAACAAAAUGAAGCUAGUCAAGCGCUUUCGAGGGACAUGAUGCAUCAAAUUGGAUCCGAACCAGACCCAUCCUUAUUUGGUUGGUUUCUUUUUCGAAUGAAUAAAUUUGAUGAAGCUGAACGUUAUUUACAUUAUAUGCUUAAACAACUUCCAUCAAAUGAUAAAGGACUUGGAAAUGUGUACAAUUUACUUGGUCUAAUUUAUAAAACUACUCAUAAGCUAGAAGAAUCUCUUGAGCACUAUGAAAAGGCUCUUACUAUUUAUUCUUCUCUGAAUUGUCAUGAUGAUGCCAACGUUAUUGCUAUUCAUUACAAUCUUGCUUUAGUUUGUUUGGAAUUAGGAUAUAUCCGAGAAGCAGAAGAACAACAAGAAGAAGCCGAAAACAAGUUGUUGAAUUCCUCACAAUCACAUAACCCUUUACUCAUAACUCAAGUAAACGGUCUCAAAGCAAAAAUUCAAGCAGAAUAUGGUGAUCAUACAAGUGCUCUAAAAAAUUUUGAAGUGGUUUUAAAAGAUAAAGAGAAACGACUACCAUCAACUCAUGCUUCAAUAGCAUCAACAUUGACUGACAUAGGUAGUGUGCAUGAAAAUAUGGACAAUUAUGUGAAUGCACUUGAAUAUUUUAAACGAGCCUUGGAAGUUGGUAAGAAAGGCUUACCAAGCGAUCACAAGGAUUUAGCUCAAUGUCAUAUAAAUAUUGGUCAUAUUUAUGAGAAACAGAAACAAAUUAAAUUUGCUUUGGAACAAUAUGAUUUUGCACUACAAAUUUUGCUGAAUUACCGAGAAGAAGAAUCUCUAAAGAUUGCCGAACUAGAAAAACACAUCACUGAAAUGAAAAAUAAAUAG